CGGGGCCAGAUUAGAACCGCCUUCCUGCGCGCUCUCCGCUCUCCCCGCCUCGCUCUUACACACACGCCCCCAAACUCCACCCCCAGGCGCCUCGGGGCCGCUGCGAGGCUGGGCUGCUCCAGGAAGUUCCCAUGAAAGCACCUGAAAUAAGUUACCUUUCCCAGGUGAGUGCGGGCCAGCUGGCCUCCUGAGCGCGGCCAAGAACGAGGGCUCCACGGAGAGGAGGGACCUUGAGCCGGUCUCCGACCGACCGACCGACCCGGGUGGCCGGGCCUCCUUCCUGAUGGCUCCCCCCGGCGGCCCCCACGGCGACUGCUCCCACGUCAUCGAUCACAGCCACAUCCCCGAAUUCGAGGUGGCCCCCUGGAUCAAAAUCACCCUCAUCCUGGUGAACCUGCUCAUCUUCGCGCUGGGCAUCCUGGGCAACAGCGUCACCAUCCGCGCCACCCAGGUGCUGCAGAGGAAGGGCUACCUGCAGAAGGAGGUGACGGACCACAUGGUGAGCCUGGCCUGCUCCGACAUCCUGGUCUUCCUCAUCGGCAUGCCCAUGGAGUUCUACAGCAUCAUCUGGAACCCGCUGACCACGCCGGGCUACGCGCUGUCCUGCAAGCUGCACAACUUCCUCUUCGAGACCUGCAGCUACGCCACGCUGCUGCACGUGCUCACGCUCAGCUUCGAGCGCUACGUGGCCAUCUGCCACCCCUUCCGCUACAAGGCCGUGUCCGGGCCCUGCCAGGUGAAGCUGCUCAUCGGCUUCGUCUGGGUCACCUCCACCCUGGUGGCCCUGCCGCUGCUCUUUGCCAUGGGCGUGGAGUACCCGCUGGUGUACGUGCACAGCCACCGGGGCCUCUCUUGCAACCGCACGCUCACGCGCCACCACGAGCGGCCCGAGACCUCCAACAUGUCCAUCUGCACCAACCUCUCCAGCCGCUGGACCGUGUUCCAGUCCAGCAUCUUCGGCGCCUUCGUGGUCUACCUCGUGGUCCUGGUCGCCGUGGCCUUCAUGUGCUGGAACAUGAUGCAGGUGCUGAGGCGGAGCAGGCAGGGCACGCUGGCCGCCGAGGGGCAGCAGGCGCGGCUGCGCAAGUCGGAGAGCGAGGAGAGCAGAGCGGCCAGGAGGCAGACCAUCCUCUUCCUGAGGCUGAUCGUUUUGACCUUGGCCAUCUGCUGGAUGCCCAACCAGGUCCGGAGAAUCAUGGCUGCCGCCCGACCCAAGCACGACUGGACCCGGUCCUACUUCCAGGCGUACAUGACCCUGCUCCCGUUCUCCGACACCUUCUUCUACCUGAGCUCGGUCAUCAACCCGCUGCUGUACAACGUGUCCUCGCGGCAGUUCCGCGCCGUGUUCUGGCAGGUGCUGCGCUGCCGCCUGACCCUGCAGCACGCCAACCAGGAGCGCCGCCUGCGGAGCCUGGCCGCCUCCUCCUCUGCCUCGCCCACCGACAGCGCCCGCUCGCGCCGCCCGCUCCUCCGCCUCGCUUCCUGGCGCGGUUCCUCCACCAGGACCCCGCGCCAGGUUUUCCUAAGCACGUUUCAGAGCAAUGCCGAGGCCAAGCCCGAGCCGGAGGCCGAGGCCCAGCCAUCGAGUCCCGAGUCGCCAGAGCCCCAGUGGGAGACGAAACCAGCCAGUCCUGCAGCCGAGAAUGGUGUUCAGGAGCAUGAAGUGUGAAGGUCAGGUUAGCAAGCCUGGAGCGCUAACCAGCCCGGCCGGUGACAGCAGC